ACUGGACCGCCCAACGCUUGCCUGCCCUUAGGGCCAGAGCCGAUGGCUGGCUUGCAGUUGGGCUGUGAACACUGCUUCAACUCCGCUAGAAUGCUGCUAUUGAUGGCGAGAUGGCGUUUAUUGGGCGCCGUUGUGGCGAUUUUGCUCUUUGGCGCCAUGGAACAGGUUUGGGCGACCGGGGCGACCACGGCGCCAGUGUUCGACUUCCUCCAGGACGACGAGAUCAGCGCGCUACCGGGUGCGGAGCAACUCGAGAUUAAUUUCCGGCACUAUUCGGGAUUUUUCAAAGUAUCCGAAACGCAUUUCCUGCACUAUUGGUUCGUCGAAUCACAAGGAGAUCCCCAGGCGGAUCCGGUGAUAUUCUGGUUUAACGGUGGACCGGGUUGUUCGUCUUUGGAUGGACUGCUAAAUGAGAUGGGCCCUUAUCUGGUGAACGCUGAUGGGAAAACACUGCGGGCAAAUGAAUACGCUUGGAAUAAGAUGGCCUCGGUGAUCUAUAUCGAGUCACCGGCCGGUGUCGGCUAUUCGUAUGCGACAGACGGCAACAUUACGACAAAUGAUGACCAGGUAUGGUGCUCUGGCUAUAUGGCUGCGAAAAUGCUAUAUGGCUGCGAAAUUCGCGCAAUUUUUGAAGAUCUGAAGAUAUUUGGCUGU